GUAAUCCAGUACCAAACAGUGCGUUAUGACACAUUACCUCUGUCGCCUGUGUCCAGAAACAGACUCAGUAAGUAUCCUUUCACUUUCAGUGUCUAAAAGAAGGUCAAAGGGUCUUAGCCUGGUCCCAGAUCUGUUUGUAAUGUUUUAAUGUACAAAACACACAUACAAAAGACAACAUACAGAUACACACGAACAUCACACUUGCCCAGACCCACUUGUUCUCACCCCUAUCUCCAGUGCCUGCACAACUCUCUGCCACGUCCUCUUAUUGCACCAUUUUGUUCCUCCGUCGCCCACACUCUUACAAUAUUUAGAUAAUGAAGCAUAUGAUUUUUCCAUUGUCUUAAUGAUUCAGGAUUGGUUGUUUUCCACUUAAGUAUGUUUUUUUUUAACCAGGAUAAUUGACGAGAAGAGUAUCGUCCAACCCAUCGGGUAUCUUCAAUAUGUACCCAUUGUUCCUCUUUAGUGCAUUUUUUGUUACCCCUUUUUCUCCCAAUUUCGUGAUAUCCAAUUGGUAGUUACAGUCUUGUCCCAUCGCUGCAACUCCCCUACGGACUCGGGAGAGGCUAAGGUCGAGAGCCAUGUGUCCUCUGAAACAUGACCCUGCCAAGCCGCACUGCUCACUUAACCCGGAAGCCAGCCGCAACCAAUGUGUCGGAGGAAACACGUACAACUGGCAACCGAAGUCAGCUUGCAGGCGUCCAGCCCGCCACAAGGAGUCGCUAGAGUGCGAUAGGAUAAGGAAAUCCCGGCCAGCCAAACCCUCCCCUAACCCAGACGACGCUGGGCCAAUUGUGUGCCGGCUGUGACACAGCCUGGGAUCGAACCCGGGGCUGUAGUGAAGCCUCAAGCACUGCCUUAGACCGCUGCGCCACUCAGGAGGCCUCUUUAGUGCAUUUAACAAUAUGUCUCAAGUAAAAGCCUUGGGUGGUGAGUUGAUACAAUUCCAAGUCUGAGAGGGUAAAACCACCCUCAGACUUAGGGAGAUGUGAACUUUUAUUCUGAGUUUUAUUUGCCCAUAAAGACUUAUGGCAGAGUAUACUUUUUAAAGUAUGUCUUCAGUGGGGUAAUUGGUAUUACCGAGAAUAAAUAUAAAAACUUUGGGAGCCAUGCCAUUCUGAAGAGGUUUAUUCUACCUGUAAGAUUUAUGGGAAGAUUGUUCCAUUUUAAAUAGAUCUGCUUUCAUAUUGUUGAGUAAUGGGAUAAAUGUGUCUUUUUAUAUUUGUUUGUUGUUUCUUAUUAAGCAUCCUAAGUAUUUAAUAUUUGUUUGUGGUCCACUUAACGGAUUGCUGUAGAUCAUGAGUUAUUCUUUUUAUUUUACCUAUUGCCAUUAUUUCCGUUUUUUUACAUGUUAGUUUUAUAUCCUGAGAUUUUAGUGUAAUGAAAAUGUUUUUAACAAAGGGGGCAUUGAAUUUUCAAUAUUGGUCAGGUAUAUCAGGAGAUCAUCGGCAAAUAAGUUUAGUUUAUAUUCAUGUUUACCAAUACUGAUAGCUGUUAGGUUUGGGUCCUGUCUAAUUCUUUCUGCAAUUGCCAGUGCAAACAGGAGAGGGGAGAGAAGACAUCUCUGUCUUGCGCCCCUUUCUAAAGCAAUUUCAGAUGAUAAUGUAUUAUUUGUGUAUAUUUUUGCUUUAGGAUAUUUAUAAUAUUUUUAUUACAUUUAUAUUUCAGCUGGAAGGCUUGCAAAGUUUUGAAGAGAAAAAUACCAUUCAAGACUGUCGAAAGCCUUUGACAUCAACAGCCAUUAUUGAUAAAUCUAUAUCUUGUUUUUUAGCGUAUUGUAUCGUACUGAAACAUGUUCUUGUAUUUGUUUGUAAAUGUCUAUUUUUAAUAAACCCUGUUUGAUUAAUAUGUGUGAAGUCUAAACUAUUAUUGUCGUUGUCAUGACAUUGAAAGUAAGGGUUUCUGCUACAAAACAAACAGAUCUGGGACCAGGCUAUGACAGUAGGAGUUGUUGGUAUUACUGAACAAAUAGAUGUUGGACCAGGCUAGAGACCAGAGAUCUAUGGCUUUGAAAUGUUACUUAUUUAGUUUUCUCUCUCUGUGAUUUUGACUGUAAUUGGACUUGGGCUCUUGCUCAUCAGAUGCAGUCAAGAGGAAGAUUCUGGUGCUGGACCUUGACGAGACCCUAAUCCACUCCCACCAUGAUGGGGUGGUUAGACCCAAAGUGAGACCAGGCACUCCACCGGACUUCAUCCUAAAGGUAUUGGCCUGGAUGUUCACUGUCUGACUGAUUUAAUUAGCGUUGUGCUGUCACCUUGUCAACACACACACACCAGACUGACUCACACUCAUUGUUCACUCAUUCAGUCCAGGAAUGAGUCUCCUAACCUUACCAGUUCUCUUUUAUUCAUAUUCUCUCCUUUCUCUCCCAUGAAGGUGGUAAUCGACAAACAUCCUGUCAGGUUUUCUGUACAUAAAAGACCACAUGUGGACUUCUUCUUAGAAGUGGUAAGUGAUUGGCCUGUUGUCAACAUCCAAAUAAGUAAAAUAUCGUAGCAAGUAUGAACAUUAUGGAGGAUUAAUUGGCUAUUCAAAUAAGCUUUGGUUGUAGGAUUUCAAGCAGCUAAAUACUUUUUUGUUAGCAUCUUGUUUAUUCUCUCUGCAGUGUUUCUUGGUGCCAAAAACUGGUUAGAGUUGUGGUUUGAAUAAAGGACUGUAUCUUGAUGUUUGAGGCUAUCGUGGUGGUGUCCAUUAAAACACAGAGAGGAGGAUGGCACUUAAAUGGGCUGGUGCCUGUUUUAUUAUUGCAGUUUAAAUCAUGAAAUUAUAUUGCAGGAUGAGUGGAUAUUAGGACGAUUUCGGUAAAAGGAUGGUUAACUGGGAAAACAAGGAAAGAAAAAAAUACAUGAGUGAUUUUGAUAUAAGGUAAAACAAAUGCAAAUGGACAUCAUGAAAAUGAUCGGAGAGGUUGAGGUUAGAGGAAGUUCAGGAGUAAGAACAAACAAAAUAGAAUUAUUGUAAAAUUGACUGUGUCCAUAAAAUGUAUAUAGUAUGUAUAAGUUGGAAGUAGAGGCCUAAGCAUUGUUGUUCACUAGUUUACUCAAAUUAGGGAAGGGGUGGUGGGGUUGGAAAGUAAUAAAGGGAAAUAUUUUUUUUUUUAAAGGAUAUGUGUAUAUAAACUCAGCAAAAAAAGAAACGUCCUCUCACUGUCAACUGCGUUUAUUUUCAGCAAACUUAACAUGUGUAAAUAUUUGUAUGAACAUAACAAGAUUCAACAACUGAGACAUAAACUGAUCAAGUUCCACAGACAUGACUAACAGAAAUGGAAUAAUGUGUCCCUGAACAAAGGGGGGGUCAAAAUCAAAAGUAACAGUCAGUAUCUGGUGUGGCCACCAUCUGCAUUAAGUACUACAGUGCAUCUCCUCCUCAUGGACUGCACCAGAUUUGCCAGUUCUUGCUGUGAGAUGUUACCCCACUCUUCCACCAAGGCACCUGCAAGUUCCCUGACAUUUCUGGGGGGAAUGGCCCUAGCCCUCCGAUCCAACAGGUCCCAGACAUGCUCAAUGGGAUUGAGAUCCGGGCUCUUCGCUGGCCAUGGCAGAACACUAACAUUCCUGUCUUGCAGGAAAUCACGCACAGAACGAGCAGUAUGGCUGGUGGCAUUGUCAUGCUGGAGGGUCAUGUCAGGAUGAGCCCGCAGGAAGGGUACCACAUGAGGGAGGAGGAUGUCUUCCCUGUAACGCACAACGUUGAGAUUACCUGCAAUGACAACAUGCUCAGUCCGAUGAUGCUGUGACACACCGCCCCAGACCAUGACGGAUCCCCCACCUCCAAAUCGAUCCCGCUCCAGAGUACAGGCCUCGGUGUAACGCUCAUUCCUUCGACGAUAAACGCGAAUCCGACCAUCACCCCUGGUGAGACAAAACCGUGACUCGUCAGUGAAGAGCACUUUUUGCCAGUCCUGUCUGGUCCAGCGACGGUGGGUUUGUGCCCAUAGGCGACGUUGUUGCCUGUGAUGUCUGGUGAGGACCUGCCUUACAACAGGCCUACAAGCCCUCAGUCCAGCCUCUCUCAGCCUAUUGCGGACAGUCUGAGCACUGAUGGAGGGAUUGUGCGUUCCUGGUGUAACUCGGGCAGUUGUUGUUGCCAUCCGGUACCUGUCCCGCAGGUGUGAUGUUUGGAUGUACCGAUCCUGUGCAGGUGUUGUUACACAUGGUCUCCCUGUAGCGCUGUCUUAUGCGUCUCACAGUACGGACAUUGCAAUUUAUUGCCCUGGCCACAUCUGCAGUCCUCAUGCCUCCUUGCAGCAUGCCUAAGGCACGUUCACGCAGAUGAGCAGGGACCCUGGGCAUCUUUCUUUUGGAGUUUUUUCAGAGUCAGUAGAAGGGCCUCUUUAGUGUCCUAAGUUUUCGUAACUGUGACCUUAAUUGCAUACCGUCUGUAAGCUGUUAGUGUCUUAACGACUGUUCCACAGGUGCAUGUUCAUUAAUUGUUUAUGGUUCAUUGAACAAGCAUGGGAAACCGUGUUUAAACCCUUUACAAUGAAGAUCUGUGAAGUUAUUUGGAAUUGUACUAAUUAUCUUUGGAAGACAGGGUCCUGAAAAAGGGACGUUUCUUUUUUUGCUGAGUGUAUGUGUGUGUGUGUAUGUAUAUAUAUGUAUGUAUGUAUGUACAGUUUACAUACACUUAGGUUGGAGUAAUAAAACUCGUUUUUCAACCACUCCACAAAUUUCUUGUUAACAAACUAUAGUUUUGGCAAGUCGGUUAGGACAUCUACUUUGUGCAUGACACAAGUAAUUUUUCCAACAAUUGUUUACAGACAGAUUAUUUCACUUACAAUUCACUGUUUCACAAUUCCAGUGGGUCAGAAGUUUACUUACACUAAGUUGACUGUGCCUUUAAACAGCUUGGAAAGUUCCAGUAAAUGAUGUCAUGGCCUUAGAAGCUUCUGAUAGGCUAAUUGACAUCAUUUGAGUCAAUUGGAGUUGUACCUGUGGAUGUAUUUCAAGGCCUACCUUCAAACUCAGUGCCUCUUUGCUUGACAUCAUGGGAAAAUCAAAAUAAAUCAGCCAAGACCUCAGGAAAAAAAAUGGUAGACCUCCACAAGUCUGGUUCAUCCUUGGGAGCAAUUUACAAAUGCCUGAAGGUACCACGUUCAUCUGUACAAACAAUAGUAUGCAAGUAUAAACACCAUGGGACCAUGCGGCCGUCAUGCCGCUCAGGAAGGAGACGCGUUCUGGAUCCUAGAGAUUAAUGUACUUUGGUGCGAAAAGUGCAAAUCAAUCCCAGAACAACAGCAAAGGACCUUGUGAAGAUGCUGGAGGAAACAGGUACAAAAGUAUCUAUAUCCACAGUAAAACGAGUCCUAUAUCGACAUAACCUGAAAGGCCGCUCAGCAAGGAAGAAGCCACUGCUCCAAAACCGCCAUUAAAAAAGCCAGACUACGGUUUGCAACUGCACAUGGGGACAAAGAUUGUACUUUUUGGAGAAAUGUUCUCUGGUCUGAUGAAACAAAAAUAGAACUGUUUGGCCAUAAUGACCAUCAUUAUGUUUGGAGGGGGAGGGGGGGCUUGCAAGCCGAAGAACACCAUCCCAACCGUGAAGCACGGGGGUGGCAGCAUCAUGCUGCGGGGGUGCUUUGCUGCAGGAGGGUCUGGUGCACUUCACAAAAUAGAUGGCAUCAUGGGGAAGGAAAAUUAUGUGGAUAUAUUGAAGCAACAUCUCAAGACAUCAGUCAGGAAGUUUUAAAGCUUGGUCGCAAAUGGAUCUUCCAAAUGGACAAUGACCCCAAGCAUACUUCCAAAGUUGUGGCAAAAUGGUAAUAUGGCAAUAAAGUGGUGAUCCUAACUGACCUAAGACGGGAUUUUUACUAGGAUUAAAUGUGAGGAAUUGUGAAAAACUGAGUUUAAAUGUAUUUGGCUAAGGUGUAUGUAAACUUCCGACUUAAACUGUAUAUGUGUGUGUAUAUAUAUAUAUAUUUGCGAGAAAAUAAAACAUGGGGGAUUGGAAGUGAUGCAGACAAUUACAUUGAUGUAAGUUACAAUCUAUCUGCAAUAUUAAAGCUGAUCUACCCCUAGAAAAAAUAAAAAUAAAAAUGCAUAUAAAUGUACUCAUAAAUCUCAUAACAUUUCAAAGGAAUAUCACAGGAGUGAAACUUAAGCAAUGGGUUAAAACGUGAGUAAAAUAAAUAUAAAUGGUAAACAAAUAUAAAUUAGUAACAGUAAAUGUUCUCAAUCACAUUAUAAUACAAAUCAAGAAAUAAGAACUUACGAGGUCAAUAAAUGCAUCCAAAACACAAAGGAAAGGUUACAAGAGAAAAGGUGUCUUGUAACAAACACUUGCAAACUGAAAAGGUAAGGUCUGCCACGCUGAUGCUUCUUCUUUUUCUUUGGUAUCAUGGCGUUCGCACAUUUUGUUUGUUCAUGCCACUACCUACUGUGUGGGAGUGUGUAGUCGAUCACAUUACAUUUUGUGAUACAAAAAUAAAAAGGACCACCAACUAACCCUACUCUGAGUGUACUAAACAUUACCAACACCUUCCUAAUAUUGAGUUGCAACCCCUGUUGCCCUCAGAACAGCCUCAAUUCGUCGGGGUAUGGACUCUACAAGGUGUCAUAAGUGUGGUCCUCUGUAGCGCAAUUGGUAGAGCAUGGCGCUUGUAACACCAGGGUAGUGGGUUCGAUCCCCGGGACCACCCAUACGUAAAAAUUUAUGCACACAUGACCGUAAGUCGCUUUGGAUAAAAGCGUCUGCUAAAUGGCUUAUUAUUUAUUAUUUAAAAGCAUUCCACAGGGAUGCUGGCCCAUGUUGAUGUCCAAUGCUUCCUUCCCACAGCUUUCAAAUUGGCUGGAUGUCCUUUGGGUGGUGGACCAUUCGUGAUACACAUGGGAAACUGUUGAGUGUGAAAAGCCCAGCAACGUUGCAGUUCUUGAAACAUUCAAACUGGUGUGCCUGGCAUCUACUACCAUACCCCGCACUUAAAUAUUCUGUCUUGCCCAUUCACCCUCUGAAUGGUACACAAACAAUCAAUGUCUCAAUGGUCUCAAGACUUAAAAAUCCUUCUUUAACCUGUCUUCUCCCCUUCAUCUACACUGAGUGAAGUGGAUUUAACAAGUGACAUCAAUAAGGGAUCAUAUCUUUCACCUGGUCAGUCUAUGUCAUGGAAAGAGCAGGUGUUUUGUACACUGUCUAUACCACUAUUUCCUAAAAAUGAUAAAAACACCACCCCAUUACACUACUAAUGACCGUAACUGAUCUUAUACCAGGCCAACGGCCUGGGAGGACAGGACUCUUUCGUUCCACACACCUUGUAAUUAUUUUGCAGUAAACCCUCGUACACCCAAAUACUUCUCUGCGGCUGCCACCACAUCUAUUUUCUGUGAUUUCCAUUCUAUUUUUGCGGUACAGUUGAUAACCAUGGCAAGAAGAAGCAAACCUUACCGAAGCAGAAAUUCGUAUCACUUUGUAUUGCCCAAGGCCUAGUACUCACCUUUGACCUAUCCUCUACUCCAGCGUUUCCCAAACUCGGUCCUCGGGACCCCAAGGGGUGCACGAUUUGGUAUUUGCCCUAACACCUACACAGCUGAUUUGAAAUUCUAAAGGCUUGACGAUUAGUUGAUUGUUUGAAUCAGCUGUGUAGUGCUAGGGAAAAACAAACAAAACCCUGCUCUACUCUUCACAGCCUCAGCAUAUGACACCUUCUGUUCUACUCUGACCCUGGCAGCCUCAACCUGUCUCUCUCACACUGGGCACUUCUGAUCGCCAGCAACAUGGGCACCCCGACAAUUUACAGUUUUUUCCACUGAUACUACACAUUUCUUUGUCCCAUGCUCUCCUGCACACUUCUCACAUCUCGGAACCUCCUUCCUACACACUGCUGCAACAUGACCAUAAGCUUGGCAUCUGAAACACUUUAAUGGGUUCGGCACAAAAGCUCUCACAGGAUAACUGACAUAUCCUAACAUGACUUUGUCAGGUAGGCUGCUUCAAAACUCAAUGACAGACAGUGUCUUCUCAGUUUUACCACACUCGCCACACUGAUUAGGGACAGGUGUGUGUAUUUAAAGCUGGUGAAGGAGCUGAAGUCCCGGCUCUGCUGGAGGGGAAUUGGACAGGGAAUGGUGCUUGGUGAUAGGAAGAGGGGGACUGUCAGUCAGGGUAGGGGAAAUUUGACAACCGUUAUGAGGACACAUUUAUUUGUAAAAAGUGUAUUGAGCUAGCAAUCAAUACAUUUUCAUUUUGGGGUUGUGGACUAUACAGUUAAUCUAUUUUGUUUAUUAUUUCUAAUUAUUUUGUGCACAUUUGUUUGGAGCUCUCUUGGCUGUUUGUGUGAGAUGUAACUCCUCUAUUGUUUUAGGUGAGUCAGUGGUAUGAGCUGGUGGUUUUCACGGCCAGUAUGGAAAUAUAUGGCUCAGCCGUGUCUGACAAGCUAGACAGGGACAUCCUGAAACGAAGAUACUACAGACAGGUAAACAAACCCACUCACUGGUUCACUUCAGCUCUGUGCAGUUAUGCACCCUGCUCAGUCUUACACUCUGAGGGCUGGUUUCCCGGAUACAGAUUAUGCCUCAUCCUACCCUAAAAAGCACUUUCAAUGAAAAUUCUGAAUGUCUCUGUCAUUAUUUAGAGGUUCUCUCUAUGUACAGUUAGACUUAUCACUCUUUUGCAACAUAUAAAACUCAAGUUUAUCACUCUUUUUUUAUUCUCUAUCUAGCACUGUACAUUGGAUCUGGGUAGUUAUAUUAAAGAUCUUUCUGUGGUGCACAACGAUCUAUCUAGCGUAGUCAUCCUGGACAACUCGCCUGGAGCCUACCGCAGCCACCCUGGUAAGGAGCUGUUACCAUGUUAUAAUGACUACAUGUUAGGCUUGGGCAAUAAACUGUUUAUACCGUAUACCAGGGUAUUUCCAAAUACCAAUGGUAUGAUUUUCAAUAAAAUUAAGAAAGAAAAAAAGUAACUCGGGGGGCUACACCACUGCCUAUAACGAUACGUUAAGUGUAACUGUAAGAAAUCGAAGAUGUGUCAAAUAAAUUAUAUCCAGCUCAGGGCUCCAGCUUUGCAUUUCGUUUGCAAUGUGGCUAGUUGUCAAGAUCAAGCUUUUUGGUUACAGCAGUCAUUCUAGCCUGAGUACCAGUCUCUUUAGCUAACAUUCCACUCCUGCCACUCCUUGUCAUUGCUAAAGAGACUGGCCUUUCUGCCAUCUUCAUAUAUGAACAUUCCAUAAUUAAUGAGCUCGAGGAGAACAGAGGAGUUCAUCCUGACUCGAUAACCCUCACAGCUAUCCUCUAAUCACAACAAUUAUCAAAAUAUUGGAACUCUAUCACUUUUUUCUCUCCACAGAACACAUUGGUAUCCGGUUGUUAAGCAACCAUUUUUUGUUUGUCCAGACGAAACCAGACCAUCAAAAUAAACGCCAGUCUCUUUGGCAAUGACAUGGAGUGGCAAUGAGUUGAAUGUUAGCUAAAAUGACUGGUACCCAGACUAGAGACAUUAAAUCCCUUCCUGGAUCAAGAUCCCUGUUGCCUAAAUUGUUUUGUGCGUCCCCCCAAUUUUCUAUUAAUUUUCUAUAGCGCCCCUUGUGUGCACUUCCGGUAACACUGUAUACCCCGGUAUGGUACAGAAACGGUAUGAUAAUCUGGAUACCGCCCAACCCUACUACAUGUACAGGUAACUGUCAAAAUGAAGGAAACACUUGAGUAAAUGAGGGAUACAAAGUAUAUUGAAAGAAGGUGCUUCCACACAGGUGUGGUUCCUGCGUUAAAGGAACGAUUUACCCAUUUUGAAUGUUAUACUGUUUUUGUGCAUCUCUGAGCGAUGUUCCAUUGAUUCCCGGGGUUAUUUCAUGUUUUAAUGUGUAUCUGAGCUAUUGCUGUUCAAGCAGGCAGAAAUUCAGCCGGUAUGACGUAGCAUUGCGUUUAAUCCGCUCUCACUACACUGGAAGUUAAUAGGAAGACUUUUAGGUCGCGAAAAUGUCCGAUUUCAAUACUGGCCGAUGUCAUAACGCGGGAGGUUGUCUUCUCUCGAAUGAGCCAUUGAUCAUAUUUUUGCAAUAUUCCUACCUCGAAAUGUGUAAUUUAAGAGAGUCCACCACAUUUCUCCUAUUUGUCUGCCUCUUCAGUCCAGAGUGCAUUGCAUGGUGCCGUUGCGAAUGUCAGACUCCACUCUGCGAGGCACAUCUAUCUGCAGGUUCAACAUGGUGAGAUUGUAGACUCUGAAAGUGCAGUUUGUUUAGGCGAUUUUACAGCUAAUUAGCUACUUCACAUGCUGAUAUUGACUUUGGUAUUAUUGUGUGUGUAGCUGCGUUUGCUUGCUGCCCAGCCAGUCCAUAUAGAGCAUUGCAUUGUGGGUUUUGUAGUCGACUUGAACUGCAACAAAUUUCCACAACAAUUUUCACGUUGCUGUCAACCUUAUUAUAACGACAAAAUGUGUUCACAAAAAAUAUUAUUCUAACAAAUUAGUGUUAUUUAACACUGUAAAUUAUAGGAAUGAUUGGUUUUGGGUGGAUUUUUCCAUUAAUUAAGCUUAGGGUAAAGUCCUGCAUCGGAUCGGAUACCUACAGUUCCCCGCGGAUGACCCGCGGGUGGAACGAAAACAUUUCAACCCGCGGGUCGGCAUGCGGUUCAGAACAAAUAUAUUGCGGGUCGGAAUGUUUUAAAUCAAGAUAAUAAACGUUUUACAAAUCCAGGAGCUUGUAUUGCAUAGUAGCCUACGCCUAGAUACACAGCCUGCAAAAAGCAGGUAUUUGUUUGCGAUAAUUCAGUUAAUUAUUACAGUAAUUCAGGCUUUCGUUCAGACCAUUUGCAGGCAAAAAGUUUUAACCUGUGCGGCUGGUAAAACUUUGAGGAUAAAUGUAGGCUAUUUUUGCAGCCCAUAGCCUAUUUGAUUCUCUAAAUUAUCUAUUUAAGUUUCAAUUAAAAUGUUUAUUUGAUGAUCUAAGCAAUAUUGAAUGUAAAGGUUUUCUUAUGUUGGCUAUAGGCUUUCAUUAGGUAAGAAGGAUCAUUAGAAAGCUCUUAUUUUUUUCAAAGCGAUUUGAGUUGAUAAUUUGCCGCAUCGUAUUAAUUCAUGGCAGGGUUUCCUUUUGUCCAAAUGUUGGAUAGACAUGCAGACAAAUUAAUUCAGGCAGGGAAGGGGAAUAGCCUAAUAGCCUGGAGUCAUAAAAACAAUUAAAUAAAUUGAUGUUAUUUGGCGGGUCACGGAUCGGCUCUCGGAACAAUUCUAUGCGGGUGGGUCAGGUUGGAGAUACAUUUUCCCUGAUGUCGGGUAUUGGGUGGGGCUCGGAAUUGAUGUGGCCGGCACGGGGCGGGUGCAGCUCAAAAAAACAGACCCAUGCAGGACUCUAGCAUAAGGUCAUGUAUGACAAUGCCCAGUUACCCAUCAUUUUGGAUACCAUAGCUAGAAGAAGAGAUCUCAGUGACUUUGUGGUGUCAAAGGAGCAUAGGGGGUUUAAAUGGUGUGUGCCUCAGUCACCAGAUCUCAACCCAACUGAACAUGUGUGGGAGAUUCUGGAGCAGCUAUGGAGCGAUGUCAGUGCCAACAGAAAUUGCAUUUGAAUUCCAUCAUUUUGAAUUUGUAUUAGGAUAUUGAAUUUGAAUUCAAUAUUUUAGAAUUUGUAAUGCACAUUGAAUCAUUGAAUUCAUAAAUUGAACGUGUAUUUCAUGAUUUGAAACUGAAUUGAAUGAAUAUUGCAUUGUUUUAAAAUUUAUUUCAAUUUAAUUUAAUAUUCAAACAGAUAUUUGUUUCAUUUCAAUAUGGUAUAUAUUGCAUUCAUUGUCUGUAUCAAGUUUACAAACUAUCAUUUAAGGUUUAUCAAAGUUUCAUACAGUGGGGAGAACAAGUAUUUGAUACACUGCCGAUUUUGCAGGUUUUCCUACUUACAUAGCAUGUAGAGGUCUGUAAUUUUUAUCAUAUGUACACUUCAACUGUGAGAGACGGAAUCUAAAACAAAAAUCCAGAAAAUCACAUUGUAUGAUUUUUAAGUACCGGUAAUUCAUUUGCAUUUGAUUGCAUGACAUAAGUAUUUGAUACAUCAGAAAAGCAGAACUUAAUAUUUGGUACAGAAACCUUUGUUUGCAAUUACAGAGAUCAUACGUUUCCUGUAGGUCUUGACCAGGUUUGCACACACUGCAGCAGGGAUUUUGGCCCACUCCUCCAUACAGACCUUCUCCAGAUCCUUCAGGUUUCGGGGCUGUCACUGGGCAAUACGGACUUUCAGCUCCCUCCAAAGAUUUUCUAUUGGGUUCAGGUCUGGAGACUGGCUAGGCCACUCCAGGACCUUGAGAUGCUUCUUACGGAGCCACUCCUUAGUUGCCCUGGCUGUGUGUUUCGGGUCGUUGUCAUGCUGGAAGACCCAGCCACGACCCAUCUUCAAUGCUCUUACUGAGGGAAGGAGGUUGUUGGCCAAGAUCUCGCGAUACAUGGCCCCAUCCAUCCUCCCCUCAAUACGGUGCAGUCGUCCUCUCCCCUUUGCAGAAAAGCAUCCCCAAAGAAUGAUGUUUCCACCUCCAUGCUUCCCGGUUGGGAUGGUGUUCUUGGGGUUGUACUCAUCCUUCUUCUUCCUCCAAACACGGCGAGUGGAGUUUAGACCAAAAAGCUCUAUUUUUGUCUCAUCAGACCACAUGACCUUCUCCCAUUCCUCCUCUGGAUCAUCCAGAUGGUCAUUGGCAAACUUCAGACGGGCUUGGACAUGCGCUGGCUUGAGCAGGGGGACCUUGUGUGCGCUGCAGGAUUUUAAUCCAUGACGGCGUAGUGUGUUACUAAUGGUUUUCUUUGAGACUGUGGUCCCAGCUCUCUUCAGGUCAUUGACCAGGUCCUGCCGUGUAGUUCUGGGCUGAUCCCUCACCUUCCUCAUGAUCAUUGAUGCCCCACGAGGUGAGAUCUUGCAUGGAGCCCCAGACCGAGGUUGAUUGACCGUCAUCUUGAACUUCUUCCAUUUUCUAAUAAUUGCACCAACAGUUGUUGCCUUCUCACCAAGCUGCUUGCCUAUUGUCCUGUAGCCCAUCCCAGCCUUGUGCAGGUCUACAAUUUUAUCCCUGUCCUUACACAGCUCUCUGGUCUUGGCCAUUGUGGAGAGGUUGGAGUCUGUUUGAUUGAGUGUGUGGACAGGUGUCUUUUAUACAGGUAACGAGUUCAAACAGGUGCAGUUAAUACAGGUAAUGAGUGGAGAACAGGAGGGCUUCUUAAAGAAAAACUAACAGGUCUGUGAGAGCCGGAAUUCUUACUGGUUGGUAGGUGAUCAAAUACUUAUGUCAUGCAAUAAAAUGCAAAUUAAUUACUUAAAAAUCAUACAAUGUGAUUUUCUGGAUUUUUGUUUUAGAUUACGUCUCUCACUGUUGAAGUGUACCUAUGAUAAAAAUUACAGACCUCUACAUGCUUUGUAAGUAGGAAAACCUGCAAAAUCGGCAGUGUAUCAAAUACUUGUUCUCCCCACUGUAUGUUCAACCUCUCAGAUGCAUUCAGAUUCAGUUUUCAAAUUCAGUUCUCUAAAUUCAGAUUUAAAACCAGAGACAACAUCCUGGUACUUUGCCAGCCAGGAAAGGUAGAGGAGAACGGAUCAAAUCAAACGCUCUCUGUGGUAAACAGAAGCUUCUGGCGGUUUCUGAAGCCAAUAUGGCAUGUUGAAUUUAUUUUCUUCCUAUGAAUUUGGAUCUAGCGUUUGAACAGUUUUGGCUAUAAGCUAUUAUUUGACUUAGAGAUCACGGCAUCAAUAUAACUGCCUGGGUUCGAAAUCAGGCCUAAUGCACAACACUUUCAGUGGCAAGCAGAAGGAUCUGUGCACCCCAUUUAAUGAGUGCAACAGAGGUGGUUUGGUGAUCCAUGCAUGUGAUGAGCAACCUUGCCUGAGACCUGAAGAGAUGUGUUAGUUUGACUAAUGAGGUUCUUACCCAGGUCUCCUGUGUGCCAGACAAUGCAACUUUUCAGGUCUCAGACAAGUUACUCAUCACGCGAGCGUGGUCACCGAACCACCUGUGGUUACACUUCACCCCCCUUUGACCACCUCCUUGAAGAGACCCAUCCAAGUCACAGGACCAAUGCCUAGCCUUUAUCUCAGCCAUCUAACAGUCACAGUACCCUUAUAAUGACUAACCUUACCAGAGACUUGAAACUAACACAUCUAACAUGUCAAACUAAUACGUCUUCAGGUUGCUCAUCACAAGCAUGUAUCACCAAACCACAGUGUUUUGAUGAGUAACCUUGCUGGAUCUUGAAGUCUUGUAUUAGUGUAGCAGAUGGGGAUCUGUGGAACUCACUCCUCAGAAUGAAGGGUCGCCCCUUGCGCAAUUGAAAAAAGUCUUUUUUAAGAGCACGAUGGGUUGGAAUGCUUCAGGAGGGCGAUCAUGUGUGUGUAAGGCAGAAGUCCUGAGUUUGAUCUUGGUACUGUAUGAGCUGAGUCAGGGGGAAGUGGUACUCGUUAAGCAAGAAGCAGGUUGUCCUUUGCAUGAACUUCCUGAACUUAUCCCUAUAGGCUUUAGCUAAGUGGGCUAACAUAGUCUUGUGACAUGUAGGAGACCUGGUUCAAACCCAGUCAGUCACAAGAGCAAGAUUAAAUAGGGAGUGGAAAGGCUAUCCUUAGAAGGGCUAUGACAGGGCUAUUCAACUAUAUUCUUAUGGGGGCAAAUUGUGACACUCUUGUAAUGUGUUCUGCGCAGCCUGUGAUCAUAAUAAAGAGUAACAUCCAUGUUCCAGAGAGUCUUAGCUUUCAGGAAUGGGGUCAUAAUAGUUUAUAGCCAAAACGGUUCAAACGCUAGAGCCAAAUUCAUAGGAAGAAAAUAAAUUCAACAUACCACAUUGGCUUCAGAAACUGCCAGAAGCUUCAGUUUUACCACAGAGAGCGUUUGAUCUGUUCAUCUCUACCCUUCCUGGCUGGCAAAGUACCAGGAUGUUAUCUCUGGUUGAAUCUGAAUUUAGAGAACUGAAUUUGAAAACUGAAUCUGAGUGCAUCUGAGAAGUUGAAUAGGCUAUAUGAAACUAAAACUUGAAAUUAUAGUUUAAACUUGAUACAGAGACAAUGAAUGCAAUAUCUACCAUAUUGAAACUGAAUAUGUAAAUACUGGAUUAGAAUAUUCAAAUAAUUGAAUUUUAAGACUUAAUGCAAUAUUCAUUCAAUUCGGUUUCAAAUCAUGAAAUACAAGUUCAAUUUAUAAAUUCAAUGAUUCAAAAUCAAAUGUUAUGUCACAUGCUUCGUAAACAACAGGUGUGGACUAACAGUGAAAUGCAUAUUUAUGCAGAGAGAAAGAAAAUAGAGAAAUAAUAGAAAAGUAGAACACGUAAUAAUUAAAGUAAUUGAUUCACAAUGAGUAACGAUAACUUGGCUAUAUACAAGGGGUACCAGUACCGAGUCGAUGUGCAGGGGUACAAGGUAAUUGAGGUAGAUAUUCAAUAUCCAAAAUGGGAUUCAAAUAUAAUUUCUGUUGGCACUGAAAUCGCUCCAUAAGCGGCGCCUGAGACGGCGUUUUCCACCACCAUAAACAAAACACCAAAUGAUGGAAUUUCUCGUGGAAGAAUGGUGUCACAUCCAUCCAAUAGAGUUCCAGACACAGAAUCUAUGCCAAGGUAUAUUGAAGCUGUUCUGGUGGCUCGUGGUGGCCCAACGCCCUAUUAAGACACUUUAUGUUGGUGUUGCCUUUAUUUUGUCAGUUACCUGUACAACUCACACAGGAUUAUAUGUAAAGUGUAUUUGGCUAUUUAUUAUUUCAAACUAUGUUUAGGUAGAUGCCAAGUGCCAUUUUCAUUGGAUUGAUCUUACACAAAAGGGGCUAUUGGGUUCUAACAGUUCUGUCAUCAUGGAUCUGCCCUGUCUCUGUACCCUCUUGUCAAACAUUUGUGUGUUCACCUCACAGACAAUGCAAUACCCAUCAAAUCGUGGUUCAGCGACCCAAGCGACACAGCUCUACUUAACCUGCUACCCAUGCUAGACGCACUUAGGUAUGUCUCAAAGAUGUUACACCUGUGAUGAGCUGCCAAGAUGAGUGAUACCUCUCAUCAUAACUCAUGAGUAUGUUGAUUUUCCAUAGUAAUGUUUGUUUCUCUUUCUAUUCCCCUCUGUUUGUCUUCCUCUCAAUAUCAGGUUCACCUCAGAUGUCCGAUCUGUCCUCAGUCGAAACCUCCAUCAGCAUCGGCUAUGGGGAUUCAUCCAUCGGAGCUAGCAUCAGCAGCUCCACUGCCUCUCUUUUUAGAACGCCUUCUCUCCUGGUUGUUGCACGACCCCUUCCUCUGCUCUGCCCACAUCUCCAUGGUGUGACCCUUUUUAAGAAGAGGGAGGACCAAGACUGGGGGCCACAAAUACAGAGGUGGGCGCUACGUAUAAGGAAAAGUGGAGAGGGCCAGCUUUCUUUUUCCUGAAUGGAAACUCUUGCCUUAGUCCUUGGAUUCUGGGAAUUCAAGUAUGCUUGCAUUAGUUACAUUUUCUUUUUUUUUGAUGAAAUAUGAAGUAUUUUUAACUAUUGACUAAGGAAAUACUGAUGAUAUGAGACUAUAAAGAAACCAGUCCUUCCUUAUUUCCCAUCCCAUCUUAUUAUCGUUUAUGCCCCUUGAACGCAACUCUCUCCACUACUAUACCCAGUCUAUCAUUCUUUCUCAACAUUUCUGUAAAUCUUUUGCUUUUAUCAUCUACCUUCUCAGGUAACUGUCAUUUUAAUAGUUUGGUUCUGGAGUUAAGUUAAGAUUAAGGAACAACUAAUAGAUAACUGAUCAACAAGCCUAAAUAGAACUGAAGAUUUACUCAGUGGUUAGGGAUGGACUGGGUCGGGCCAGGUUGGCAAUAUCUUUCAAUUAUUGGGAUGUGUGGAUUUUUACAAAAGGGUUGAACAGGGUGAUAUGAAGUAAUUUGAGUUAUUUCUCCCUUGUUGAGAAAAUAUUUUUUACUCUAAAAUAAUUUGUUCUAUUCAGAGAUUUACAAAAAUAACUGAAAAUUACUUGAAUGUUGUUUAGUUGAAAGAGAUGUAAGAUUGUUAACGUACUUCUCCAUCCACAGAGCAAAGAUGGGUUUUCUUUUUGAUUAUUCAACAAGCUUUCUAUUCAUGAGUGCGUGUUCUUCCUUGGACUUUUUAAAGCCUGAUUUAUACCCAUUCACUUUCAACCAUGUACACAUUAUCACAUGUACUUUAAUGUAACCCCAACAUGCCUGCCCAUUGAACAAUGU